AUGUCCACAAAUAAUAAUCAAACUAAUGGUGAUGGCAACAUGGAUACUAUUGAUAGCAUUAUCUCAACACAAAAUAAUCAACAUUCUACCCAAAAUCCAUUUUCUCCACCAAAUACUCAUCAAAACACCCACACAGAACACCCAAAAACUACUCCAAAAUUUAAUAAAUCUCAUAACCCAAACAACUCUUUUAACAUUUCAAAAAACCAAAAUUACAAAAACAAAAAUUAUCAUUCAAACUCAUCAUUUAUUUCAGACCCAAAUUUUAAAAAAAAAAUUUUAAAUAAUAUUAUUAAGAAUAAUGAACCAAUACUAUUUUUUGAACUACCAACUACACAUCAUAACAACAUAACCAACAUAAUCCAAAACUAUACUGGUGCGCCUGAG